AUGAUUGGAGCAGGUAGGGAAAAUGCAGGUAUCAAACGCCGUUUCAGUGGAAAAUGUGGCCCUAGAUCAAAGCGACAAACGACAAUAGUCAAUGUUGGUGAUCACUUACCAUCUGAAGGUCCUUCGCGAAGAAGAUGUCAGCAAUGUUCCAGAAAUAACAAAGCGACAAGAACGAAAUUACUUGCAACAUUCGACUAUGUAACCGCAAUAUCUAAUACAACAGAUGUAUUUAACUAA